AUGUCGUCCGCUGUCGAAGCCGCUACCGCGACGUCCUCCGUGGCGUCUUCACCCCGGCUGAGUGCCGUCGAGGCCGCGAAGCUGGAGCAACAAGAGGUCGAGUCCGGUUAUGGUUCUGCCACCGAUGCCUCAUCGACGGCGUCAUCCAUCCCCGCGCUCCCUCUCAUUUCCCUCACCAAACCCCACCUUGAUCAUCUCAACGAACAGCUUGAGAACAUGCACCCCAUCGACAUCCUCCGCUUCUCCAAGAUCAUGUUCCCCAACCUCUUCCAGUCGACGGCCUUUGGUCUGACGGGUCUUGUCACUCUCGACAUGCUCUCCAAGAUCCAAAAGGAGAACCCCACCGCUGCCAACGUCGACCUCAUCUUCCUCGACACCCUUUACCACUUCAAGGAGACUCACCUCCUUGUUGAUCGUAUCCAGGAGCGUUACCCCAACGUCAAGCUCCACAUCUUCAAGCCCUAUGGUGUCAACACCACCGAGGAGUUUGAGGCCAUGUACGGCCCCAAGCUCUACGAGACCGAAUCUGAAAUGUACGACUGGAUCGCAAAGGUCGAGCCUCUCCAGCGUGCUUACGCUGAGCUCGGUGUCGCCGCCAUUCUCACCGGCCGCCGUCGCUCGCAGGGUGGUGCUCGUGACAAGAUCCCCAUCAUCGAGGUCGAUGACGAGCGUGGCGUCGUCAAGAUCAACCCCUUGGUCAAGUGGUCCUUCAAGCAAGUCCAGGACUACAUCAAGACCCACAACGUGCCCUACAACGACCUUCUCGACCAGGGAUACAAGUCCAUUGGCGAUUGGCACUCGACUGUGCCCGUCAAGGAGGGUGAGGAUGAGCGUGCCGGUCGCUGGAAGGGUCAGCAGAAGACCGAGUGCGGCAUCCACAACAAGAAGUCGCGGUACGCACAGUACCUCGAGGAGAUGGAGCGCAAGGCCGUCGAUGCUAAGGCGGCGCCUUCAUCGUCGUCCGAGGCAGAGAAGAAGGGUCAGGCUGCCAUUGCCCCCGUCGUCAAGACGGAGCAAGAGGAGCAGGCCAUCGCAUCCGUAUGA